AUCUCUGGAGAGCAUCUUUCGAAACCUCCAGACGAUAGAGAGAGCCGUUUAGUCGCAAGGGAUCAGCUGUGAUUUAUUAUCCGGUUAUAAAUUUCUUUGUAAAUAUUAAGCAUCGCUAGAUUUUGCUUUCUUUUGUCUUGUUUCCUUGCGUAACAAUUAUCUAUUGGCCAGUCGCUCGGUUCGUGGCUGAUUUAUUCGGUAUUCUGGCUGAUUCGGUCGUCUUUGUUGACUGAACCUUGACCUUCAAAGAUAGGAGCUGGGACUGGUGCUUAUUUUCUAAGUGUCAACUGCAAGAACCACCAUGAGCUUCUUUUUCGGAGGACGCUCCAACAAGACGUUCAAGCCGAAGAAGAACAUCGCUGAGGGAACCCACCAGUAUGACCUGAUGAAGCACGCCGCAGCGACCCUGGGGUCAGGGAACCUGAGGCUGGCUGUGCAGCUGCCGGAGGGAGAGGAUCUUAAUGAAUGGGUGGCGGUUAACACUGUGGACUUUUUCAACCAGAUCAACAUGCUGUACGGCACCAUCACAGAGUUUUGUACCGAGGACACGUGUCCUGUGAUGUCGGCAGGUCCCAAAUACGAAUAUCACUGGGCGGACGGUCAAACAGUGAAGAAGCCCAUAAAAUGCUCGGCUCCGAAAUACAUCGACUAUCUGAUGACGUGGGCUCAGGACCAGCUGGAUGAUGAGACCACCUUCCCCAGCAAGAUCGGCGUCCCCUUCCCGAAGAAUUUCUCGCAGAUCGCCAAGACUAUUCUGAAGCGGCUGUUUCGGGUGUACGCCCACAUUUACCACCAGCAUUUCCACGAGGUGGUAAAACUGAGGGAGGAAGCUCAUCUCAACACCAGCUUCAAACACUUCAUCUUCUUCGUCCAG